AUGUCAUCUGUGCUGAGUUUGUUGCUCACCUUUACAUAUUUCCGGACAUGCACGGCCCAGCCACGCCGCACCCAUCCCAUCGAGUUAACCAUCAAUUCGGGAUCCAUCAGAGGAGAAUAUCUGGUAUGUUGCUUUUGUGUAAAGAACAAAAUAAAUGAUACAAAUUUCAGACGAUAGGCGCCAAUGACUUCGCCGUCUUCAAAGGCAUUCCUUAUGCUGCCCCACCCGUAGGCGUUCUCAGAUUCCAAGUAAGUGAAUCCAAGCUCACCCUCACCUCUUCCAGAAACCAGAUCCUCCAGCUCAUUGGCGGGGUGUUAUGAAUGCCACUCAAUACCCUCCCAUGUGCGCUCAGCUGCCCCGAACUCGAUCUACAGACCCUCAGAAUCUGUACAAGAUCCAUAUAUCCGAGGAUUGUCUAUAUCUGAAUGUUUUCGCACCACCAUUGUUCACAAAUGACACAUAUCCAGUGAUUGUCUGGCUCCACGGAGGAAACUUCCAGUCAGGAUCAGCCAGUGAUUAUCCUCAAGAUGCGAUUUUGAACAAUUUUGUAUCACGAAAAGUUAUUUUUGUUUCUAUUAAUUAUCGAUUAGGACCAAUAGGUGAGUGCUCUAUUACAAAUCUUACGAUAGCUUAAUCUUUGAUGCCUUCAAGCCCUAAAUAGCCAUCGACGUGACUUUUGCACUUUGGGCUAAUUGGACAAUUCAGUCGGGAUAAUCUCUGACCUCUCAUUUCAGGAUUCAUAGCUACUGGCGACAGCACAAUACCGGGUAACAACGGCCUUUGGGACCAGAUUCUGGCCUUGCAAUGGGUAAAAGAGAACGCUGUUGUCUUCGGUGGAGAUCCCAACAAUAUCAUGCUGAUGGGUCAAGGGUCAGGAGCAGCUUGUGCUUCGCUUCUUGCCCUCUCUCCCCGAGCAGUUGGAUUAUUUCACAAAGUAGUACUUCUAAGUGGAACAGCCAUCAGUCCCGGCGUAGUCAGAGAGUCGGCAGUAGCGGCCACUCUAGCAUUAGACACCAAGCUACACUGCAGAUCCUUCAAUUCAUCUCAGAUGUUGGAUUGUUUCAAGAAACAACUCAAAGACGAAAUCUUGGAUACAGCGGUAACGUCGAUUUUAAAAUAAUUUUUGAAAGUUCCCUAUUUCAGCGAGUUCAUUACGAUGAUUAUGAAGAAUUUGUGCCAGUGAUCGAUGGAGAAGACGGAGUUAUCCCGGAUGCGCCAGAGGUCUUAUUGGCCGAUCCAAACAUCCCCAAAAUCCCAAUUAUGCUGGGAACGACCAGGGAUGAGAGUUCAUUGAGACUUCGUAAGUAGCUCAUAAAACGCGGAGAUUUGUUUGUCUUAUUCAAUGCAGCCAUUAUUUGGCCAGCAUCUUCUAGAUUCCCCGCCCUUACUUACAAGUCUCACUCAUUUCCCUUGCGUCACAAUGCUUGCGAUUAGCCAAGUUCUUUCCCUUUUAGUGACGCUUUUCCUUCCUAUUUUGUAAGCAGGCUUUGAGAAUCUUGUUUUCAGUGGUCCUAAACGAGAAAGAGGUCAACUUUACUGCAAUGGAUACGCAGAUAGCCGAAGAUCUGGCCAUGAAUCUCACUAAUUCUUAUACCGGAUUUUCGAAUCAUCGAUUGAUUGCUGAAGGAUGUAAACAUCAAUAUAUAUGGACCAAGAAUGAUCCCUCAUCUGAUCAAGAAAUUUUACAAGAAUCAAUGCUUCAGGUAAGGUAAUUUUAAAAUAUUCAAAUCUACUUGUCCCAGAUGUACUCACAUUUCUGGUACGACGCCCCAGCCUCACGACUAGCCAACUCCUAUUCGAAACAGGUCCCAGUCUUCCUGUACUCCUUCGACCAUGUGAGCGAGAACUUCCUGACCGAUCGUAAGUUCAUAGAAAAAUUAUAAUAUUUGAGCAUGGCCGUCAUUAUUAAAAUUUCCGGAAUUUUGCAAAUACCCUCAAUACCCUUGUAUCUUUGAAAAAAAUGUAUUUUAUGUGAUCUUUACUUUUUUUCUUAAGUAGUACUGUUAUAAAGUAUUUUUUGAAAUUUUAAAAAAAAUACUGGAUUGGGGUUUCAGUGGUGCUGGUUUCGAAAACCAUGUUCAUUCUUGGGUUUCGAAAAUUAGGAUUGUCGAAGGUAGUAACUCUUUGUGCUUUGUUUAAUACAGUCUUAAAAUAGUGCAAAAUUGAAACAAAAUUGAAUCUUAAAAUUUUUUUAGGCUUUCUAUAGUUGCGAACUAGGGUUAUUAAUUUUACAGAAUUUUUCAAAAUGACGUUAACGUGAAAUUACGAAUGAACAUGAUUUUCCGAACACUCCUAAAUCCAGUCUUUUUUAAAAAUUUCAAAAAAUGACUAAUUGCUUUACAGUACUACUUAUGAAAACAAUUAACGAUACUAUUUUAACAGUACCACUUAAGAAAAAAAAGUAAAAUACACACUUUUGCAAGGAUACAGUAGUAUUGAGGAUAUUUGCAAGAAUUUCAGAAAUCUUGGCAUCUGCGCAUAAUGUUUUCUGUCUAUAGUGGAGCGUUGCCUAUUUGAGUAUUUGCAGGAGCUUUCCAUGGAGUUGACGAGGUUUUCCUAUUCGAGAAAGAACCGAGAUUCUUGGAGACAAGAAAAGAUAGAAAUUGGCAACUAGACAAAAGAGUUACCGAGAUCUUUGCAGAACUCAUAAUAAACUUCCUAAAAUACGAGUAAGUUAAAAUUAUAUAUCGGAAGACCCAUGUAGCAUUCCUACGCCGGAAAACAGUGGUCUGAACUUCAAUUGGACUGAAAUGUCGGACAAAUUGGACUAUCUUUCAAUAACAGAUACGCCUGAAAUGAAAAGCGGGUUCAGAUGGCCAGGUCAUGUUUUCUGGAAUUGGUAUGCCAGAGAUUUAGACGCCGUAGAUGUAGGAAACCUCCAGAAAAUAUCACAACUCGACAAACAGCUGGGAGAUUAUCAGGUAGACAGAGAAAAACAAAUCCAACCUUUUUCUUUAGUUAGCAACAUGGAUGCUGCUGUUUUGUACAUUGUUUUUCUUCGCCAUUCUGGUUGGAUUAGCGUGUUAUUGUACGAGGAAGGAGAAUGACGACGACGAUCUCUGA